UUGUAAUUCAACUGAAUCCAUUGCUUCAGCUCGAACUACAUAGAUAUGUAGAAAAAACUUUAAAAUGUUUAUGCAGAAUAAGAUCACACUUAUCUGAUCCUAAAUUCGCGUUAUGCAUACAUUUGAUGUUAGGCAUUGGAGGAAAUCUUAGUAGGAUGUUAUUCAACUAAUUCUUUCCAAAUCUUGACUUCAUAAUCCUUACUAGCGCGGUUCUCUGAUUUUAAUGAACCCAUUGCUUUCAGAUCAAACUCUAUGCAAUAUGUGAAAAAAAAAAAACUUUGAAAUCUUUAAAUAGAAUAAGAUCACACUCAUUCUGAAUCCACUGACUCUAGAUCUUGAAUUUGCUUAUGCAUAUGUUGGACUAUAGGCAUAAGGCAAUAGAGAAAAUCAUGAUAGGAUGUUAUUCAAUUAAUUCUUUCCAAAUCUUGACUUCAUAAUCCUUACUAGGGAGGUUCUGUGAUUUUACCGAACCCAUUGCUUUCAGCUCAAACUAUAUCCAUAUGCGAAUAAAACUUUGAGAUGUUUGCACAAAAUAAAAUUGCACUCAUGAAUCCACCGAAUCUAGAUCCUGAAUUUGUUAUACUUUGAACUCUAGGCAAACAUGGAGGAAAUCUUGUUAGGAUGUUAUUCAACUAAUUCUUUCCAAAUCUUGACAUAAUAGUUCCUUACCAUCUUUCUCCUUUUCAGUUUCACUGUUGGCGUAUAUGAAGUGUGUAUGAUCAAGGCCAAGGGAGGGAGCUUGUAGAGUUACAAGGAUGGGAAGUAUAGAAAGGGAAAUCAAAUCACCUGAAGUUCAAUUAGGAGCGAAUUCUUCUGAUUCGAGACGGGGUACAAAGAAACUCGGAAUCUACUUCCUCGAAUCGGAUGAUAGAAGAACUGCUUUUGGACGUGGUUAUAGUGGCGGAAUAGGAGGAGCUACUCCCGUGAAUAUCCACGGGAAGCCUAUUCCGGAUAUAUCCAAAACGGGUGGAUGGAUAGCUGCCUUGUUCAUAUUUGGAAAUGAAAUGGCAGAGAGAAUGGCUUAUUUUGGCCUAUCUGUCAACAUGGUGGCCUUCAUGUUCUAUGUUAUGCACCGGCCUUUCUCUAGCUCUGCCAAUGCUGUUAACAAUUUCUUGGGCAUAUCACAAGCAUCCUCCGUGUUGGGUGGUUUCAUAGCUGACGCUUACCUUGGUAGAUACUGGACUAUUGCUAUCUUUACCACCAUUUAUCUUGCGGGAUUAACAGGAAUAACAUUAUUAGCAACCAUAAAGGUAUUUAUGCCAAAUCAAGAUCAGUGUGAUCAGAUUGCGCUUCUUCUUGGCAACUGUGAACCUGCAAAAUCUUGGCAAAUGAUGUACUUAUACACAGUGUUAUACAUUACGGGGUUCGGAGCAGCAGGGAUAAGGCCUUGUGUCUCAUCAUUCGGGGCUGAUCAAUUCGAUGAGAGAAGCAGAAACUAUAGGUCACAUUUGGACAGGUUUUUCAACUUCUUCUACCUAUCGGUCACAGUUGGGGCGAUCGUGGCAUUCACAGCAGUCGUGUAUAUUCAAAUGAAACAUGGAUGGGGCGCUGCUUUUGGGUCAUUGGCAAUUGCUAUGGGCCUUUCCAACAUGUUGUUCUUUGCUGGUACUCCUCUGUAUAGGCAUAGGUUGCCUGGAGGUAGUCCUCUUACGCGUGUGGCCCAAGUCCUAGUUGCUGCCUUUCGCAAGAGGAAUGUUUCGUUCCAAAGCAGUGAGUUUGUGGGCUUGUAUGAACUUCCCGGUAAAAGAUCUGCUAUCAAGGGCAGCAACAAGAUAGCUCAUACCGAUGAUUUCAGAUGUUUGGACAAAGCAGCACUGCAACUAAAGGAAGAUGACAUUGCCAAUCCUUGGCGGCUUUGCACCGUGACUCAAGUAGAAGAAGUUAAAAUCCUGAUAAAACUUAUUCCAGUUCCAGCAUGCACAAUAAUGCUGAGCGUGAUCCUAACGGAGUACUUGACUCUAUCUGUCCAACAAGCCUAUACAUUGAACACUCACAUGGGACAUUUAAAACUUCCUGUCACCUGCAUGCCAGUCUUUCCCGGCCUCAGCAUAUUCCUCCUGCUCUCCCUUUAUUACUCCGUGUUCGUUCCAAUAUCCAGGCGGAUCACCGGCAACCCCCACGGUGCUUCUCAGCUCCAGAGGGUUGGCAUUGGCUUGGCGGUCUCUAUCCUCUCAGUGGUGUGGGCUGGUGUCUUCGAGAGGUACCGGAGAACUUAUGCAAUACAACAUGGUUAUGAGGCUAGUUUUUUGACUCCUAUGCCUGACCUUAGUGCCUACUGGUUACUAAUUCAGUAUUGCCUAAUUGGAAUAGCUGAAGUUUUUUGCAUAGUGGGAUUACUUGAAUUUCUAUAUGAAGAGGCACCUGAUGCAAUGAGAAGUAUUGGUUCAGCUUAUGCUGCUGUGGCUGGUGGACUAGGUUGCUUUGCAGCCACAAUUUUGAACAGCAUUGUCAAGUCGGUCACCGGGGGGAAAGGCGAAAGACGAGAAUCGUGGCUAUCCCAGAAUAUUAACACCGGAAGAUUCGACUACUUAUAUUGGCUCCUCGCUAUCAUGAGUCUCAUCAAUUUCGCUGCUUUUCUUUAUGCAGCACAUUGUUAUCAGUACAGAUCGACAGUUGGGAUUGACCGACAAAGUGAGAAAGGGCCUGGAUCAGAUUAUACCAGCACUAAUGGACAGGAUCUCAUUAGAACUCCGCAGUUAAGCAUGUUUGGACGAGAGUAGUACUCAGAUGGUUGACCCCUAGGAAGUCCUCGGGUUGCAUCCCAAAAAGUAAAAAAGAGCCUACCUCAGAAACCAUAUUUUAGUUGUUCCUUUAACAAAGGGGAAAAAGGAAAGAAAAUUCCAUUUUCUCAUUGUUUUAAGCAUUGUUUUUGAUAAGUUCUAAUCUUGUAAGUGUCAUGGUAAUAGUAGGAGGCAAAUGAAGCCAGAACCUGAGGAAAGGAAGAAGAGAUUUACUUUCAGUUACUGGAAAUAGGAUAAAUUGCUAUUUAUUGCAUGAUCUUAAUCUUCUUGUAAUAUUCUUGAAAUUUGUUCAUGUUCCUGACAUUCUACUUUCAA